GUCACCAAUUUGUACGUUGCUUAUCAGUGUCGCAUAAUAGACAUUGUUGAAAUCUUACCACCCCCCUGUGCGGAGUGCAUCUCCCUUUUCAUAGUGGUACAUAACGAGACUGUCCGUCCGGUGUCCCCGGCAUUCUGACUCUCGACGACAUUCGUACAAGUUCUUUGUUUCUCCGGGAGCGUAUUUGGCUGUCACGGCUUGUGUUGAUCUGUUGCACGGGUGUACUGACAUUUCGCCAUACACGCCGUUUGAGCCACGAUGCAGUCUUCGCAGAGUUCUCUAACGCCAUUCUCAAUCAGCGAUAUUCUAACUAAACGGGAGUCCACAACGGCCAAUCUAUGCUUAUCUCAUCAAAACAACGCACAUCAGAGGCAGUCAACACCAACAAGCCCAUCGUGGUCUGCGGAAGUGUAUCAAGACGACGAUCACUGUGCCGUCAGGGUGUCCGGCGAGCCAUGUACCAUUGACCGACACAGGAGCCACUGCGCACCAGAUAGUGAGAAUGAAAGUUCGAUACACAGCCCAGGUAUUACUCUAGAUGAUGUCAUGGUCGAAUCACCGAAAUCUGAAAACAGAGAAAAAAUUGAUGAAAUGUGUCACACUACUAACGAAGGAGACGAAGGCGCAGGGGCCAUACUAAAGUCGGAAGAGCAUCAACUACAGACACCAAAACAACGCAAAAAGAGAUCAAGAGCGGCUUUCUCACAUGCACAAGUGUUUGAACUUGAAAGACGUUUUAACCACCAACGUUAUUUAUCAGGCCCAGAACGAGCUGAUCUCGCCAUUGCUUUGAAACUCACUGAACAGCAAAUAAAAAUAUGGUUCCAGAACCGAAGAUACAAAACGAAGAGGCGACAGCUGCAAGCGGCGGCAGAACUCUCCGCGCCAAUGUCGGCGAAAAAGGUCGCAAUUAAAGUACUCGUGCGGGACGACCAGAGACAGUACACACCGGACGAUAUGUUCAGGCCGCCUUUCACGUACAAUAUGCUACUUCCCGCAUACGGCUACCACAUACCCCCAAGACCAUACCCGGGACCGCUUUUCUCAAACCUGUUAUGUGCCGACGGUAAAUUUUGAGGAGAUGAUUUGGACACGAAAGAACACGAUGGUUACUUCUUGCCAAUUUAACUUAUAUAAUUUAAUUAACUUUGGACGUUGGCGGAAUCCCACCCUUAAGCUGUGUGCUACCAGUCACGCAGUUAAAAUCUGUAGAUAUAGAUAACGUUGUCAAUUCACUGGUUAUUGUAUUGUUUAUAUCGUGGAUGAACCGUCUGCUUUGCACCUGAUAGGUACUGUGGGCAUGUUAUAUAUCAUUAAUUGCUUAAACAUAGCGCAAAUAUGAAAAGUUCGAUUUUUAUAUAACAUUGUUGUUUCUUGCGAUCGACAUCUGUAAACUGCUUUAUCUUCGUUGGCGAGCUAAGCCAACAUUCCAUGUCAAACAGACCCCACUUGUCGUAUUAUUUUGUUUACAACAUAAAAAAACAGCAUAUCGCCUCAGACACAUGUGUUCAACACAGGGGUAGUGGAAUACUAAUCCGAGAUGUAUAAAGUACAGAGACCGUAAAGGAAAUGUGCAUUACCCGGCACACGUACCACAGGCAUUUCUUUUGUGUUAUAGCUGUCCGUUUCUAAGAUUAUGUACAUGUAUCUUUCAGAUUAAAAUUAAAUGGGAUUAUUUUUCUCUCACUGUA